AUGACAAGCAUUAUAUGUUCAGUACGAGGCUGUCACAAUAAUUGGAUGAAGAGGAGGCAGUUUUUACAACAGCAAUGUUUUGAACACCAACCUCUACGUCGAUCUGAAUGUACCUGUGGAGCCCCAUACGACCUGCAUCCACCUCCUAAAGACGCAGAGUCUUUGUGGCUCUGGCUCAAAGCAUUGAACAUAAAGAAACCACCAACACGUCCCCUUGUGUGCUCCUACCACUUAUUUGACAAGAAGCCUACAGUGGAGCAUCCUUACCCAGAAUCUCAUAUUUGGUUUCACAAAUUGCUGUGUUUUCUCCCUCUCGUCCCUAUAGGCACUCUUUCAUUUAUGACAACCUAG